AAAGGGCAAUAAUAGCUAUGAUGUCGUAAAACAAUAAUUAACAUUUCCCUGUGAUUUAAGUCAAGAUCUCCCAUGAAAUGGUAGACAUAAAUGUGGGACUCAGUUUAAAUACUAGAUAUUUUGUAUGAAUAUGGUUGAAUGUUUUAAUUUAAAUGAACACCGUAAAACUACGACACGACCGUACGCAUGCGUGUUAUUCGAUUCCUAUUUCCGGUUCUGGAUGCGGAAGAAACCAAAAAUUGUAAACAAAAAAGAAAAUAGGUGCUGGCCAAAAAGACAACAAUGACUGAAGAUUUAUGGGCUUGUUUUGUGUGAUACAUGCUUAUUACUUGUAACAUGUUGUUUUGUAGCCCCGAUUAUGUAUUAAACUGGAAUAAGUUGAAGGUCACACGCCAGUGAGUUUCGUCUGAGAUGGAGCAUUUUAUGUUUUCAUUUAUUCCAUCACGUUCCAGUGUAAUCAUUUGGGCUUGACGCAAUUUAUUGUCAUGGCCAACAAUUACGACUUCAAUUCCGAGGAAAACAAGCCAAAAUGGAAAAGUGUUUUUAUUGGGGCUUUAAACUUAGUCAACAAGCAGGUGCACCCAUCGCUGACAGCACAGACAGACGCCCUGGAGUACAUAGAAGACUUGAUCAUCCAGCUGCUGGCCUCCCUGUGUGCAUGCGAGCCUCACGUCGUACAGGAUGUGGAGGAUCGGGUACAGAAGACGUUCCCGGACCCCAUCGACAAGUGGGCCAUACGAGACGCUGAUAGGGCCAUAAAGGCGGACGCCAAUAGAAAUAAGAAGAACUCCUCCCUGGUGUUGCCUGUUGAUAAAAUUCAUCCUCUUCUAGUCAAGGAGGUCCUGGGUUAUAGAAUUGAUUACACAGUGACUAUCUACAUAGUGGCAGUGCUGGAGUAUAUAGCUGCUGAUAUUCUCAAGUUGACUGGCAACUAUGUGAAGAAUAUCAAGCACCAAGAAAUCACUUACCAAGAUAUCAAAGUUGCAAUAUGUGCAGAUCAGGUGCUGAUGGACAUGUUUUCCCAGGAAGAGACAGACGUGUCCCUGCCAUUGGUUGAUGAACCAAUCCGCCGGGACUCGCUGACAUACGAGGACAUCGUGAAGGAUUUUAUUCUGGAUGAGACCCAGUACUUGCACGAUCUGAACAUGAUCAUCAAAGUGUUCCGAGCGCCCUUUGCAAAACACUUUCCAAAUAGCAAGGACCUUGAGAACAUCUUCAGCAACAUUCUGGACAUCUACCAGUUCACAGCCAAGCUGCUGAUCUCUGUCGAGGAGCAGGUGGAGGUGGCAGCAGAGAACGAAACUCCCACUGUCGGGGGCUGCUUUCAGGACCUUGCAGAGGGUGAGGAAUUUGGUGUGUACAAGAAGUACGUUGGAGAUAUCAUGACUCCAAAUGGGAAAGACCGACUUAACACCCUCAUUCAGAGGAAAGACAUGAGCGAUACACUUCAGAACUAUGGUAAAGGAUUCAAGGACUCUAUGAAAUACGUACUGCCAAAAUUGCUUCUGGGUCCCAUCUACCACUGCCUGCACUACUUUGAAGUUAUCAAGGCUCUGACGGCCAACAGUCCCAACGAGGAGGACCAGGAGUGUUUGGAGCAGGCCAACGGUCUCCUAGCGCCUCUCAAGUACUUGCUGGAAAACACAUUCUCUGGAAAUACUGCAAAAAAGAAACCAUGGGAGACAUCAUUGCGCCUUCAGGGUCGGACUGGGAGGCAGGCUGUAGUGCAAAAAAUGUCGGAGCUUCAGAAAAGCAUCGAUGGAUGGGAGGGUCGGGACAUAUGGCAAUCUUGUAGUGACUUUAUCCUAGAUGGUGUGUUGUUGAAGCACACACGAGGGAAGAGCACUGAACGGCAUGUCUUUCUAUUUGACGGUUUGAUGGUCCUUUGUAAACAGAACAUGCGUCGUACCUCGGUAUCCACCCCGCAAGGAGAGUACAAACUGAAGGAAAAAUUUCCUGUCCUCAAGUUGAAAGUGAGGGACAAAGAAGACAAUGAAGCCCCUACAGAAUGCAAGAAUGCCUUUGAGCUCCAGUCAGAGGUGAACAACAUCCAUGUGCUGCUGGCAGCCAAGACCCCGGAUGAGAAGAGUAACUGGAUGGCGGCCCUCAUCUCCCUGCAAACCAAGACCAUGCUGGAGCGACAGCUUGACGCCCUGCUGAGGGAGGAGGAACUCAACACGCCACUCAAGCUGCCUGAUCCUGAAAAAUAUAGGUUUGCGAUAGAGGACUCCGAGAACAACAUAGUGUUUGAAGACUCACCAGCUGGUCCUGGGGAGAGUCCACUCAUCAAGGGGGGCACCCUGCUGAAGCUUGUAGAGCGUCUCACCUACCACAUGUACGCCGACCCAAAGUUCGUUCGCACGUUCCUCACCACCUACAGAUCAUUCUGCAGUCCCCAGCAGCUGCUGGAUCUACUUAUUGAGAGAUUUGAGAUCCCCGACAUAGAAGAUGUGGACAAUAAUUAUGAGGCAGACGACACUGAGAACUUGCUGAGAGAUGAUCUAAAACGCUUCAGAAAAGAAUACGUAAAACCUGUACAGUUUAGGGUGGUGAACGUGUUACGUCACUGGGUGAAUGACCACUUCUACGACUUCCAGCGAGACUAUGGGCUGCUGGAGAAGCUCAAGCAGUUCCUCGAAUCUGUGAAAGGAAAGGCAAUGAAGAAAAUGGCCGACUCAAUUUUGAAAGUUGUUCAGAGACAGACGGAGCAGCCGAACCCUGAGAGGGAGUUCACUUUACAGAAGCAACCACCGCCAAUUGAAUGGCAUUUAUAUCAGGGCAAAAACAAAGAGAAGUUCGAUAUUCUUACACUCCAUCCAAUAGAAAUAGCUCGGCAAGUAACCUUGUUAGAGUUUGACCUUUAUCGAGCCAUCCAGCCUUCAGAAAUGGUGGGCAGCGUGUGGACAAAAAAGCAGAAAAAUCAGACCUCGCCAAACCUCCUCAAGAUGAUGAAGUUCUCUAAUAAUUUCUCGUACUGGCUGGAGACAUGCAUAGUUGAGACAGAGAACCUGGAGGAGCGCGUGGCCGUGAUGAGUCGCUGUAUCGAGAUCAUGAUGGUCUUCCAGGAGCUCAACAACUUCAAUGGCGUACGUGAGGUGGUCAGUGCACUGCACUCGGCACAUGUCCACCGCCUUGACUUCACAUUCAGCGAGGUCAACCACCGGCUUAUAAAGGCCUAUAAAGAGGCCGGCGAGUUGAACUCGGACCACUUCAAGAAGUACGUUGAAAAGUUGAGAGCCAUUAAUCCUCCAUGUGUUCCAUUCAUUGGGAUGUACCUGUCACACAUCCUCAAGACUGAGGAAGGCAACCCAGACUUCUUGAAGCGAGACCAGGAGAACCUGUUAAACUUCAGCAAGCGCCGUAAGGUGGCGGAGAUCACGGGCGAGAUCCAGCAAUACCAGAACCAGCCCUACUGCCUCACCGUGGAACCGGAUAUGCGGGCAUUCUUCGAGAAUUUGAAUCCACUUGGUGAUAUGGAUGAGAAUGAUUUCAAUGUGAUGAUGUUCGCCAAAUCUUUGGAAAUAGAGCCACGGGGCUGCAAGCAGCUGCCUAAGUUUGCAAAGAAGUUCAGCUACUCAAUAAAGUCUCCUGGCAUCCGACCAAUGGCACGGCACACUGCCCCCAAAGGUCACACGUUUUCCUUUGCCAUGCACUCAUCGGGUCCCUACACACGGAUAGACGAGGAUUCAGAAUCCUCACCCCAGUGCAUGACUCCGCCCACCCCCACCACUCCUAUAAGCCCCUGCUCAGUGAUGGGGGCGGAUAAUUCAGUAUUUGCAACAGUUUCCAUUGGCCAAGGUACAUGUUCCACAAAUUCAGUCACCUCCCCCAGUAUGUCGUCCGUGCCAACUGCUGAACUCAUCACCCUGGCAACGGACUCAGAACUCCCCCCUCUCCAGCCGCCACCACUGCCCCCUCGACAAAAGAAAAACGCCAGAGACUCUGUGUCAAGCAGUUCUAGUUGUGUGUUCAGUGCAGAGCCGCCCGAAGUUCCCCCUCGCGCGGACUGCGAAAUUCCCCCGCCUGUGCCCCCUCGGCGGGACUCUAUGUACAGUACUAACUCUCUCAAUCGCAGUCAUGUAAAUAGUCACAGUCAAAUGCCCGCAGUGCCCCUGGCACAGCCACGGACUCCAACGUUAGCGUCUCAGCAAUCUGCGUAUUCGCGCGCGUCUACAUCUUCAAUCCCGCCCAUUCAUGUGCGUUCACAUAGUGCUGCUCUGUUGACAACAGGACAAGGUUCAAACGUGCAUAGUGCUACAUUGCCUCGUUAUCAUGGGGAUAGGGAUUCCGGUGGCAAUCACACGGAAAGCUUGGAGAACAUUUUUACAUUUAAUGGAGACAAUAACGAUAUUCCAGCGCUACCUCCAAAGACUUAUCGACAACACGCACGAAAACAGAGUAGUUAAGGAUAUAUACAAUGGAUUCCCUAAACUGGUUUAGCACACAUCUUAUCGCGAUCAUUCAUUGUCUAUGUAUAAACGUCAUCAAUAUUCAUUGUAGCAUCUCUUGAUUUUGCUUCUGUUUUAAGUAAUAAUGUCUUCGUCAUGAUAGUAGUUAUUAUCUCUCAUAUUCAUCAAGUUUGUUUUAUGAAGACGGAAUAAGAAUAUAAUGCCAUUUAACAUUUCAUACGAUUGCAUUUCAACAUGGCUAGUCUCUAUUUUGCCUGGAUACUGCAUCUCUGCUCGUGUAUCACAUGUUCUCAACCAUAACUAUGGAAAUUCCAACAAAUGACCUUCUGCCAGACAGCAGUCAUAACUGCCAGUGUUCAGUACAUGUAUUGUGGUUUAAUUCUUUUCUAUUGUCAAGAGUUAUUGAAACCAGAAAAAAAAAUCAUGGUUAGAAAAGGAAGUUUUUUACUAGUCUUUUGUAGAAAAGCUGUUCACAUAAAUUUCACAAGAAAAAUCUUUAAAAUUAAGGUUGAACUGGAAAAUUCAUUGAAAUACAAACUUUAUAUGAGAAAUGUGUUCAAAAAAAUUAAUAUAACUUAUAUCCUUAUAUAUUACACCUAAUUUCAUUUUUUAAAUGGUUAAAGCAUCAAAUUAAAUUGUAGUCAUGUCUUGAUGAUUGUCACAUUAAGUAGACAUUUUAUUCCCAUGAAGCAAAUAGUAGUUGUACUGUCCGUCCGCAAGUGAUGUGGUUUUUCUUCCUUUUGAAUUGCUCUGACCCUUUGUAAAUUGGUGAGAAAUUUUUAUAUUACUAUUGAUUAUUAUUUUCCAUUACCAGACAGAGUGUUGCUCCUGGGUGAGCGGUGAAGGUCACAAUUCGAAGUACAGUGUCAUUAAUUCGUGUUACUGCCUGUAAGGAUUUCAAUUUUACGUUUGAUUAUUGUUGUCUGUAACCAGAUGUGUCCCAAUCAAUUCCAAUGCUCCUGUGUAAAGGUCAACUUGACAAGGUCACAAUUCAAGGUGUUAGGUCAAGGUUACAAUUUGAGUUGUUAGGUUGUGAAUUUUUCAUUACUCUGACAAGCUUUUGUUAUUGGACAUGUCACACCAUGUGAAAAACCUUGCUUAUCACCAGGUAUAGGAAUUUCAGCAUAAAAUACCAUCUUUGAUUGAUUGAGUUAUGUGUAACUGUGUUCAUACAAAAUAUUGAGAAAACAAUCUGUUAUUCAAGACUGUGAUUGAAAACUUAAUCAAUUCUUUCAGAGAUAUGAUACUUAAUAGUCCAUUACGCCAAGUUCUAGGCAGGCAUGAAUGCUUUGAACCAACUACAAAACAGCCUCUCUUGUAGUGAUAUAGUCUGGCAGCCAUGCAAACAACUGGUGGUAUUUUCUAAAUGGAGGAUUUGUUUUUCUGACCACGCUUCAAUAUUGUAGCAAUAUUGCAUAUUUUGAUACAAUGUGACAAGUCUUUCUUAAUCACAUAUUUUGAUACAAAGUGACAACAUAUGGCAUCUCAUCCUGGUGUUGAUGUGAUAGGAUUUACUGGCAUUGCUGGCUUAUUUCUGCUUUAUGUGCAAGUAAUUGAGCCUUGCUUUGUGAAAAGGGGCUUAAUGCAUGUGCGUAAAGUGCCGUCCCAAGUUAGUCUGUACAGGCUAAUCAGGAAUCACGCUUUCAUCCUAAACUGGAUUUUUCACUAAGAAGAGACUUCCUUUAAGCGAAAUGACCAAAAAGCGGAAAGUGUUGUCCCUGGAUUGCCUGUGCAGACUUAUCUGGGAUGACACAUUGCACAAUUGCAUUUGGCCUGGCUUUCCUAAAGCAAGACUCGAACAUUUUGAUACAACUGAGCAGGUGUUCAGAUCCAGCGACUUUUAAGAACUCCUGUUCUUGUAUAUUUUUGUUUUUGAUGUUAUAAUCAUGUUUAUGUUUUAGGGACAUAUUAAAGAAACAUUGCAAGUUAAUCUUUAAGAUAAUUUACAUCUUAAUCAGAGAAUACCAAGCACAAUUUAAAAUGGAAACAUUUAUAAAACUUUUUGUAGAUUGUAUACAUAAGCAUUUUGGAGCACAAAGGGUCAAGUUGUGAAGGUCACUCUUAGUAAAUAUAAGAAAUGGUUCCCUUUAAGAAUAAAGUUUCAAAUGUCUUGUAUGAUAUUUUUCAAUUUAGGAAAAUACUAAAUUAUUUAAUAGCUAAAAUAACACACCUACUAUACAGUUUUGUUGAGAAAAAAAGCGUCAGAAAGUCGGACAAGAAUAAAAGAAAAUUCUAGCACACUGUUCUUGGACAAUUACUUUAAAGUUGAAUGUAAAAUAAUUCAAUGUUACUGGAGUGUGGCUCCAGGGCCAGUAUUCAUAAAGCUCCUAUGUGAAGUCUUAACUUAAGAUAUACUUUAGUCGCGUUCUGAGAAAACUGGGCUUAAUGCCUGUGCGUAAAGUGACACUUUCUGCUUUUAAGGUAUUUUUAGUUUUAAGGAAGUCGCUCCUUGCCGAAAAUCAAGUUUAUGCGGAAAGUGUCGUCCCUGAUUAGCCUGUGUGGACUGCACAGGCUAAUCUGGGAUGACACUAUAUGCACAUGUAUUAAGCCCAGUUUUCUCAGAACAAAGCUCACUUAUAGUUGUACUUCAGUGAAAUGUUCAGAUUUAACCCUUUCAGUGCGGGAACCGGAUUUUGAAGGCCUUUGCGAACAGUUUGGAUCCAGAUGAGACGCCACAGAACUGUGGCGUCUCAUCAGGAUCCAAACUGUUUGCUAUUCUGAUAUUCUUUGAAAAAAAUCGAAGAAAAUGCUAAUUUUAGAAAUUAAGCCGACGACAUUUUAGCAGAAGACAAAUUUCCCAGCACGCAAAGGGUUAAACUUUCUAUUCAAAAUUGAGCAUGUGCUGCUUACAAAGGACAUACAAAUAAUCACUUAAGCAAUAUUUUCCGUAUUUUGAUGCAAAACUUUUUAUACACAAACCAAUCAGAGACAUACAAAUUUUGUGAUUCUAAGAAAUUUUAAUAAAGUGGUUCAAAGGUAACUUUAUGAAUACUGCCCCAGAUGUUCAAGUAACGCAACUGUCAACUUUGGUACAUAUUUUUUCUGCUACAGUUUCUCGUUUGCCUGGCUAGGUGACGGAGCUAUAUUGGGUGUUGUUCUGUGAUAUGUUAACGACCAACAUUGGAGACUUGUAGAUGUGUACAGUAGUAGAAUGUGAUGUGCAAUACACCAGAGAAACAGAUCAGAAUUUGUUCAUUAAAAGUAUGACUUGGC